AUGUUGUUCGAUGGGGCAGUCAAUGUUUGGGGACAUGGUAUAGGCGCGGUGCUCAUAUCACCAGAUGGGAAACAUUAUUCGGUGGUAGCUAAGCUCAUCUUCCCUUGCACUAAUAACAUAGCCGAAUACGAGGCAUGUAUAUUAGGUUUGCAGACCGCUUUAGAUUGGGGUGUCAAGCGACUAACAGUGAAAGGAGACUCGGCCUUGGUCAUCCACCAGCUCACCGGAGAAUGGGAAACUCGCAAUUCCAAGCUGGUACCGUAUCGAGAGUUCAUUCAAAAGAUGAUAGAAGGGUUUGACAGUAUUAGUUUCUCUCACACGCCAAGAGAAAACAACGUAAUUUCUGAUGCACUAGCCACACUGGCAGCUUUAUUCAAGGUAGAAGAAGGGGUGAGGAUCGAAACUAUUCAGAUCAGAGUACAACUCGAACCUGCCCACAGCAUGGUGAUAGAAGAGGCCGAUGGAAAACCGUGGUUUUAUGAUAUCAAAACCUACAUCCAGAAAAAUCAGUAUCCCGAAGGGGCAGCUAGUAAUGAUCGGAGGACUAUCAGAAGGUUGGCCAUGGGCUUUUUCUUAGAUGGUGAAGUCUUGUACAAAUGA